GUUCGGGGUUAAGUCGCCAUGUCGCAACACUGGUUAGCGGUCGGCCUCCUCUUCGCUGCCUCGCUCGGACAGGCUGAGCGGAAAACGGGGAAGGAUGCUACCUAUCUUCCGCCCAUCAUUACCGAGGGUCCUGACAUUUUGUACAGCGAGAGGUCAGCCGAUAAGGAUCGGGACGGAGUGAACAACGGGACUGAACACAUUACACUACCCGGGAAUCAUCAUGGCGACGAGGGAGACGACAUCUUACUCACGGAGGAACAGCUCGCAGCAGCCAACCUGAGCAGGUCGUCGGAAGAAUUGCUCGAGAAACUGGGGGACACGAUGCUGACUCCGGAGCAGCUGGCCGUCAUCCUCGACAGGAAAGCGAUCGACGACGUCACCAAACACUGGCCUGAUGUCAACGGCUUCCCUCACAUUCCCUAUACCUUUGAGGACGACUUGGUUGACAAAGCAGCCGUCCGGGAGGCCAUCCAGCACUGGAUCGACAACAGUUUCUUUAAAAGUUUUAGAGAUUUUUUUUUUGGCAGUCUGGUGCAUGAGGUCGGGCACGCCUUGGGCUGCUGGCAUGAGCAGUCAAGGUCAGACCGAGAUGCAUACAUCAUAAUUCUCACACAAAACAUCAGGGCAGCGGCGCUUCAUAACUUUAACCUCAAGACGACCAACAAUUAUGGUGUGCCGUAUGACUAUUCCUCUAUUAUGCAUUACUAUGCGCAGGGCUUCUCUCUGAACGGCCACAAUACUAUCGUGACCAGAGACCCGAGGUUCCAAGCUGCAAUUGGCCAGCGCGAAGGCCUCUCCCACAUGGACAAGCUCUUAAUAAACACCAUGUACGGCUGUACAAAUAAACUCCUCAUCACGUGCGGACUAGCUAGUGAUCCCUGUCAGAAUAAUGGUUAUUUGGGAAGUAACUGCAUGUGCGUGUGUCCUAAUGGAACUUCAGGGAGCAACUGCGAGACUGUUGAUACGCUCUAUAAUGAUGCUAUCCUAUAUUUCAACACCGAGAUCGUCACCGUUGAGAAAACCGUUACAACCGUGAACCACCCUAAUCCUUACCCGCAUGAUUCGGAUUUCGUCAAAUGGAUAAUCGCCCCCGAGUGUAAUGAAGUAAAACUGACCUUCACGGCAUUCAACGUGUACCAAGCGACUACACGAACGAUAGACGGCGUUCCCACACUCGGCUGUUGGUAUGAUGCCCUGGAAAUCAGGACUACUAAUGCAUCGGAAGGGCAGUGGUUCUGUGGGACGGAUAUUUCGCCUGGCCAAGAGUUCCAGUCUGUUGGAGGGGAAAUGAUUCUUUAUUUCAAAGUUGGGACAAAUUUCAAAAGCGGUUGGUCGGCUGCCAUCACCUUUGUUCCAAUUCCUUCCUGCACGACUUCGGGAACAACUACCACCACGACUACAAGACCGUCUACAACUACAUUAACUACUAGUACCACUACGAUAACCACAAGCACAUCAACAACAACCACAAGCACAUCAACAACUACAACUACAACAACCACAAGCACAAGCACAUCGACAUCAACAACUACAACAACCACAAGCACAAGCACAUCGACAUCAACAACUACAACAACCACAACCACAACGGCAUCGGGUGCUAACUGUACCAUAUACACAGAAAAUGGACUGACUUACUUCAUUUCUCCAAACUUCCCUGACCCUUAUCCACCGAACGCGUACUGUGCCCUAUUUGGAAUUACAGAGGAGGUCGCCACAGUGAAGUUGUACAUCAAGAUUCUUCGUCUGCGUGCUGGCGACACCCUCGAGAUCCAGAACCCUUACACGCCGCCGCUAACCUUGUCGGGGAGAAAAGACGGAUAUAGGAAGAUCAUCCCCAGUGCACAAUUCCUCGCUACUUUCACGUCCAAUGCUGACGAAGAGUGGAAGGGUUUCCAUGCACAGUUCAGGCCGAGGACCUCCUCGUGCCACCAAGUCCUCUCCGCCAGCCCCGGGGGAGUCAUCGCGUCGCCCAGAUUCCCCCGCAGGCACCCGAGGAAGAAGUACUGUGAAUGGAAAAUCAUGGCGUCGGUUGGCAAGAAAGUUCAGCUGACCUUCACGCACAUGCGCCUGAGAACCCACGCUCAGAACUUCGUGGCUGUGAACCCAACCACCGACCCUUACUACGCCCCUGGUUCCGUCCUCUCCUUCAACGGCUUCUCACUCCCGCCGAACGUCACUUCGGACUCGAACCUCAUGAGGAUCUUCUUCUCCGGCAAGAGGAGGAGCAAGGGCUUCAGGCUGGUGUAUAGUGAGGUUUAG